AUGAGCCAAGAAAAUCCAGUCAAAAUUGCUGUUGUCGGCGCCGCAGGUCUCAUUGGAGUUCGCCAUGUUGAUCAUAUUUUGCAAGAGCCUUUGACAGCUCUUAGUGCACUUGUGGGUGCCUCCCAAACCGACCGUGUAAAUGAGUUGGCCAAUAAACACCAUGUUCCGAUCUUUAAAACCACGGAAGAGCUUCUUGCAGCUCGUGCUGAGGGAAAGGUCGUUGUCGAUGCUGCCAUUGUUGCAACCCCAAAUAAUACCCAUGUCCCAAUCGGUAUCCUCCUUAUCGACAACGAUAUCACGGCGCUGGUAGAGAAGCCCAUAGCGGCUGAUAGUUCUUCUACGACAGCCCUACUUGAGGCAUUAGGGAGGGCCAAGGGACGUGGAUCGUCCGCAGCGGUUCUUGUCGGCCAUCAUAGACGCUUCAAUACAUAUAUUCGUGCCGCAAAAAAGGCAAUCACCAGCGGUAUACUUGGCAAGAUUGUUGCGUUCCAGGGGACCUGGGCCUUGUUGAAGGAUCUCAAUUACUUCAAAGACGAGUGGCGUACGCAGGUCGGCACCGGAGGGCCAAUUCUUGUUAAUUUGGUGCACGAAAUCGACAAUUUGCGUUAUCUGUUCGGCGACAUCGAGCGGGUUUACGUUGAGAAAGGCAUGUCAACCCGGGGUUAUGAGGUGGAGGAAACGGUUGUCAUGACAAUGCGAUUCGACAGCGGGAUCGUUGGGACAUUCAUCGUUUCUGACUGCAGUGCAUCGCCGUACAACUGGGAAUCGGCCACAGGCGAGAGCCCAUACAUCCCCAAAUUAGGCCAGUCCGUAUACACUAUUCUAGGCACCAAAGGCUCUCUCUCACUUCCGGAGCUUCGUCGCUGGCAUUACGACUCGGCCAAUGGUAACGGGAGUUGGUACAAUGAGAUGGAAUACGACGACAGUCUUAAGUCAGAGAUCGACGAUGUUAUGCCUCUUACGCUGCAGCUGCAAGACUUUGUGAAAGUGCAUAAGGGAAUGAAGGGGCCCAAUUGCUCGGCGCUGGAGGCCUGCAAAUCUCUGAUGGUCAUUGAGGCAGUUGCAAAGUCUAUGAACACUCAGCAACCUGUCGAGGUCGGAAAGCCGGCUUCGAAACUAUAA